AUGAAUAUCGAAUGUCAGGGCAUGCGCACACUGGAGAAACUCGGCGUACACAAAGCCCUAACAGACGAAGUCGGGUUUAGAGGCCCAAGUGGAAUUCCACAGAUAUUCCGCCACUGGAAAACGGACCAAGUCGUGUCCAUAGACAAUCAUGCCAACGUCACUGAUCCCCGUCAUCAUACUACUCGCUUCCACCGGGGUCAUGUACACUCUGCUUUGCUCGAGCAUGUCCCCAAAAGAUCAAUCCAUUUGGACAAGAAGAUUGCGCGCGCGGAAGCUGACCAGGCUGGUGUUUCGUUGUAUUUUGAAGACGGGAGUAGUGCCCACGGAGAUAUCCUUAUUGGAGCAGAUGGGAUUCGAUCGAGUGUCAGACAAUCGUUCAUUCCGGAUUAUAAGCUACGGUUCAGUGGGAAGGUAUUCAUGAGGGCGACGUUUGAUGCCUCGUUGGUAGAGGGCAAGAUCCCUGACUUACCUACUGAUUCGAUGCACUGGUGGGGUCCUAAAGACAACUUCUUUGCGUCUCGGCUUGGCAAGGACCAGUACACCACCGUUGGUGCAUACGAUGACCCGCGCUCAGCAGAGGAGGUGGAGAAGAGCAUUGCGUGGGAUCAGCUUGGCAAUGUAGAGUUUUUAAGACAGAGAUACAAGGACUGGAACCCCACGGUCAAAGCUCUGGCAGAGCUUACACCAUCCACAAAUCUCUAUCCCAAUUUUGCGGGAGAUGCUCUCCCAAACUGGGUCUUUGGGUCACGGGUGACUCUAGUCGGAGACGCAGCCCACGCUCAUGGUGGUGCCUUCGCAGCCGGAGGCUCGCUGGCACUAGACGACUCACUCGCCCUUGGCCUUGCAUUCAAACAUGUUUUCUACAAUAGAAAUGCCACGUUCUCAGCUAGAAAUAUCUCCAAGGCAUUGGGGCUGUACAGUCAAACUAGGCAGCCGCAUACGGCUCGGUUGCUGCGUAUUGUGCACAGCCAGAUUGACAAGAAAGGUACUAUUUUUGCGACACGCGAAGAAGAAGAUGCGGCACUUAUUGCUCGAAUGACUGGCAGGCCAGAUACAGUGUGGCUAUCGGAACACGAUGUCGAAGCUGCGUUCAAUGCGGUUGUUGAACAACUGGAAGGGGCGCAGCGACUGGUACGCCUUGCUGAGCCGGAAAGAAAGAUAGGCGGAGAGACCCAGCUCCAGGGAAGUAAGUUAUAG